ACGAUAACAUGAAGAUGCAUCCAGCGAAUGUACGAAUGCGAUUCCUCCAGUUACUACUCAGCCCCAAACGAGCUCGAGAUUCAAUAACGGCGAACGAGCCUGUCAAACGCGGCGUGUCCAGCCGUGGGCACUCGAACGGAAUAAAUCUGACGAGGAGCAGGGCGCGCUCGGACUAUCGUUACGCUCCUAGCGUUGAUCGCGAGACGCGCACGCCGACGUCGGCGACGUUGACGCAGGGGAACGCGACGCGACGCAGGUAGGGGAUGUGGCGACGGCACGGCAGACGGAUACACGCACGGAUCGCUCGAGGAUAACAUCUCCCUGCCCCAGAGAGAGAGAGAGAGAGAGAGGUGGUACACACCGUAGGUGGAGGAUCUCAUCGGCCACACUGUAAAAAAAAUAUGUAAAAUUACAUGAUAUAUAAUGAAAAGCGCACGAGGGUUAAGAGCGUCAGAAGAGGGAGAAGGAGAGAGAGAGAGAGAGAGAGACAGAGAGAUUCCAGCGUGUCCAUCGUCGUACAUCGGACCAGAAGGGGGAGAGGAGACUGAUCUCGAUAUCGAGAGAAGAGGAGGUUCGGACUCGACGUGGUGGGAAAACGGAGUGCGCUCGCGCGCACUCUCUCUCUCUCUCCGCCGACAGAGAUGAAGCGAUGGGGGCGGUGGCUCCGACUACUCUGGCUACACGGCCGCCAUCACCAUCCGUCCCAUCCUAUAGUAAACUCCAAAGCAGUCCCCGAUCUGUCUCCGUGUGUGUUAGUUAGGGAAUCGUGUUUUACCGGUGCUUCUGGCUUCUCUACUCGGCGCGAGGCUGCUAGUAACGCACCGAAUCGUUUUCUGCCUUGUUACCUGCCUGUGCACUCAUCGCACUAUCCUCUUUGCUAUGUCUUGACACACCGCCGUUCCUCCGCAUCUUUCUCUCUCUCUCUCUCUUUCUUUCUGUCUCUUUCUUUCUUUCUCUCCUGUUCCCAGCCUCCACCGUGUAGAAUAUCUCUCCGCCUUCGUGUGUCUCCUUUUCUCGGUCUCUCAUUGUCCGUCUUUUGUCGUAUCGAGGAGUUCGGGAGUGCUCCCUUUUUCUCUUCAUCGGGAAGAUAAAGGUGACGAAGGAGGAGGAGAUGAAGAAGGUGAAGAAAGAAGAAGAGUAAGAAAAAGGAGCGUACACUUUUUUGUGCGCGAUAUUUCCGUAAAGAUACCCAUCGUGCACAUCGAGCUGCCUCUCCCUUUUCUUUCUCUCUCUCUCUCUCUCUCUCCCUCCCUCUCUUUUCGGCGUUUCCACGCGUCCGCCCGAGAAUACGCGGGAGUGCAAUGAUUAUUUACAAAGCGUAGUUGGCCGCGAUCGUCGCGUUUCAACACCGUCCCGACAACGAUCGCAAUCACGAGGAGAGGAAGUCGGAGCAAGUACCCACGAAUAACUGACGUUUCUUCAUCUCUUCGUGGAUCACGAAGCUGGAACUGGCUCUUUCCCCGUACAAAACCCACAUCUCUCGAUCAUCAUCAUCAUCAUCAUCAUCUUCAUCAUCAGUCGUCGUCGAACAAGAAGAGGAACGGACGCCCUUCUGGAAUUUUGUUGGAUUCCGUCCCGUCAGGAUCUCCCAGCGCGAAGCUUUUCUUACAAGAGCCAAGUGCAAGCUCCGAGAUAGUGACAACCAAACCUACGGGUCGCACGUGUCUUCAAAUGUCCGGUGUCGGUCGCACAUCGUCGCCUGGUAGUGCGUCGUUCUUCGUCUCGGUCCGUGUUUCGAGCCGCGACAGAAGUGGCGAAGGGAGGCUGGAUGACCAAAUAAUAGAAGAAAGGAAGAGGAGUGAUUAAAACGGUGGAGCUGCGCGCCUCCGCGACCAAGUUGAGUUAUCGCGCGGGCAAGUUGAAAGGGAAGAGACGCGCGAGAAAGAGAGAGAGAGAAGAGAAGCUGCAGCGAUGAUGAUGAUGCGCCGCUGUGCCUUAGAACGCCGAUGGACAACGAACUCGUCGUCGUGAGGCGAGGAUCGAGCUGACGUGUCACGCCGGAGGACGGAACCUGGCCGCGACGUCGACGAGCCGAAGCCGGAACUGGAGGAGGAGGAGGAAGAAGAGGAAGAAAAGCCGCCGGACGUAACCCCCGAGAGGCACCGGCUCGCACGAAUAUGAGCAUGACUCUCGUCCGAAAUUCGUACAAGGGCUGCAGCGAGGACGACGCAGGUGUCGUGGAUACAGAGGUGGGCGGAGGUUGUGCGGGUGAAGCGCCAACCGCAGGAAGUGGCGAUGUUGGCGGAGACGGAGGUGGUGGUAGCGUUGGAACGCGCGGGGAUGGUGGCGGCGACAGCGAGGGCGGAUCAUCCGCGAAGCAGCAGCAUCAGCAGCAGCAGGGUGGCGAAAGGUGCCCUCAGUGCGGCAUCCUCUGUCGGGACGUCCGUGUCCUGCAGCUUCACCUCGAGGACACGCACAAAACGUCCUAUACCAUCGACAAGCACGAUCUCAACGCCCAGUUCUCCCAAGUGUCCUGCAAGGUGUGUAGCAAAACUUUUGCCAACGUCUACCGGUUACAGAGGCACAUGAUUAGUCAUGACGAAAGUGCCGUUUUACGAAAGUUCAAGUGUCCUCAUUGCGAGAAGGCCUUCAAGUUCAAGCAUCACCUUAAGGAACACCUGCGCAUUCACAGUGGUGAGAAGCCAUUCCAAUGUAACAAUUGCGGCAAGCGUUUCUCUCAUUCUGGCUCGUAUUCGAGCCAUAUGACGGCAAAGAAAUGUUUGAUAAUGAAUUUAAAAAAGUCAAGACAAAAUACUAUAAGUAAUGUCGAUCGGGGAUCGAAAAAAACGCAUCAGCAGUUGUCGGGACGACGCGAGGUUGAUCUGCUGACAGCUAAUAAUAACACGUUCUUGCCGAUCUUGCCAAAAUUAUCACCUUCGGAUUAUCAGGAAAUACAAAGGGAAGCUGCAAGGGAAGCAGGUAUUUAUGACGUGCCGACGUUGCUGCCUCAGAUGAUGGGAUACGGAAACUAUAUCCUGCAGUCUUCGAUAGGCAAGCUGCUGAACCAAUUGCAUUCUAAGCGGCUGGACGAAAUCACCGAGCAGUUCGAGACGCAUCGGGAAGUGAUGAGUCCAUCGACGGCGGAUUCCGAGGGAACCGAAGGCACCGAGGGCAAGGAGUCCCCUGCGCCGGCGGAUCCAAUGCAGAGUCUCGAUGCUGUUCGGCGGAUUUUGGAGACCGUAAAUACUUCCGUGACGAAGCAGCUACUUGAAGCGAAUGUGCGAAAGCUCUCUACGUCUCCGGCUACAAUGAAGCGAGAGCUUGAGGAAGAUUAUCAGGAUCAAGAUAGCGAAAUGUCUAGUGAGAUGACACAUUGUCCGGACUGGGCCGCAUUGGAUCAAUAUGACUCGCAGAGCGAAGGUCUAGCUGCAAAAUUAGAAAAUGUUAAUCAACCGAGAUCAAAUAAGAGGAAAGUGGGGGACAGUUCUGAGAUGGAUUCGGAGGAUGAGGAUGAGGGCAACCAUACUCACAAUGAUAACGGCAGAAGGGUUAGAGCUAGGUCGCUCAUAGACGAUGAACAAUUAGCCAUUCUGAAAGGUUACUAUUCCAUCAAUCCACGACCUAAAAAGGAGGAGAUUAUCAUGAUCGCUAAUUGUAUUAAUUUCCCUACUCGUGUGGUACAGGUUUGGUUUCAAAAUUCUCGAGCUAGGGAUCGAAGAGAAUCAAAAAUGCCACCGGCAUUAGUACCUUUAGCCCUAGGAAAUCAAACUGUUAUCGAGCAGCCUUUGGAUUUGUCCAAAAAGGAAGCAUUUGUUGUAUCAACGACCAAAGAAAGCAAUAUAUCGAGUAGAAAUACUUCGUCCCCUUGCGAGCAGAAAGACGAUAAUCCAACCCCGAAUGUCGACAACGAUGACCUCGAGGAUUCGCCUCUCGUCAUAGACGAAGAGACUGCCGGUGAUCCUAUUGAACCGAAACGUACACCUACAAAUGGAGAGAUAAUUACAAAGAAUCAAAAUCAAAUAAAUACAAAAGGUGAAAGUGAAGCUGUAUCUCAAUUGGAAGUAACUCCUGUAGCAACAGAAACCGAGCAGGGUCUUUAUUCCUGUGAUCGGUGUGACAAAACAUUCUCGAAACACAGUUCUCUUAUGAGACACAAGUAUGAACAUUCCGGGCAAAGGCCGUACAAAUGCGUGGAGUGUCCAAGAGCGUUCAAGCACAAGCAUCAUCUGACUGAACAUAAGCGGCUACACAGCGGCGAAAAACCUUUCCAGUGCUCCAAGUGCCUCAAGCGCUUCUCUCACUCCGGCUCCUAUAGCCAGCAUAUGAAUCAUCGUUUCUCUUAUUGCAAGCCCUACAGAGAAUAGAAAUACUCCACGUGCUCAUCUAAAGCUCGCUCGUUUAUCUAGAUAUAAUAUCUGCAGUUCUUAUGUUUAGAAUUUUUCUCUUUUGUACGUAAAUUUUCUUUCCGAGAUUUUCAUCUCACAAGAAAAUGCUAGAAUGCCUUCAUACUUUUUUUCGCAUGAACUUUAAAGGGAGCCGCAACGUUUCACACGAGGCUACUAUAUAUAUGUCUAUAUAUAUAUAUAAAAUGCUGCGCGCGACAUCACAUUACAAAGCUAUGGCGUUUUAUUGAUGAUCGGUUCGUACUUCGAAAAAAAGAGAAACCUAAUAAGUGAAAAUUCUAACAUAUAUUUCGAAAAUGAUAGAAAUAUAUGUUAGAAUUUGUGAUUGAGAUGUGGAAGACGUGUAUAACGUCUCUCUUGUAUUGUCUGUGUGUGCGUGUGUGUGUUAACCGGUUUUAAAUUUUAAAAGAAGGAAUAAUACCGGUGAAAAAAAAUAGGAACGAAAAAAAACUACUACUUGCGGAGAGUGGCGUUGACAAAUAAACCAAACGCAUGUAACGGUACCAAAAAGCAUAAUGCAAUAAUCUAUUAUAUAUAUAUAUAUUAUAUAAUAUACAUAAUA